AUGGAUGAUUUCUUCAACUGGAAGUUUGUUUGCUCGUUGCCAUGUUACCUCAUUUCUGGUGGUGCUACGGUCAACGUUUUCGAAGGAUCGGGCCCCAGUAAAUAUGACUCUAGUAACUGUGGCUCCAGUAACUGUGGCCCCAGUAAAUGUGGCCCCAGUAAAUGUGACUCUAGUAACUGUGGCCCUAGUAACUGUGGCCCCAGUAAAUGUGACUCUAGUAACUGUGGCCCCAGUAACUGUGGCCCCAGUAAAUGUGACUCUAGUAAAUGUGACUCUAGUAACUGUGGCCCCAGUAACUGUGGCCCCAGUAAGUGUGACUCUAGUAAAUGUGACUCUAGUAACCGUGACUCUAGUAACUGUGACUCUAGUAACUGUGACUUUAGUAACUGUGACUCUAGUAACUGGUACUCUAGUAACUGUGACUCUAGUAACUGUGAUUCUAGUAACUGUGACUCUAGUAACUGUGAUUCUAGUAACUGUGGCCCCAGUAACUGGCUCUAG